AUGCAAAUCAAAAUCGAGAAAAGGAAGUUUCCAAUCAUUGACUCAAAUCCAUUGUCGAACUCUACUCAACGGAAUAUGGAGGUACUUAUGGCCAAUCGGGCCAAUCUGGUCUUUCACAAUAAAGUGAUAGAUGGAACUGCCAUUAAACGACUUAUUAGCCGAUUAAUAGAUCAUUUUGGAAUGGCAUAUACAUCACACAUUCUGGAUCAAGUAAAGACUCUAGGUUUCCAGCAAGCCACUGCUACAUCCAUUUCAUUAGGAAUUGAUGAUCUUUUAACAAUACCUUCUAAAGGAUGGCUAGUUCAAGAUGCUGAACAACAAAGUUUGAUUUUGGAAAAACACUAUCAUUAUGGAAAUGUACACGCGGUAGAAAAAUUACGCCAAUCUAUUGAGAUAUGGUAUGCUACAAGUGAAUAUUUGCGACAAGAAAUGAAUCUUAAUUUUACGAUGACGGAACCCUUUAAUCCAGUCCAUAUAAUGUCUUUUUCGGGAGCUAGGAGAAAUGCAUCUCAAGUACACCAAUUAGUAGGUAUGAGAGGAUUAAUGUCGGAUCAACAAGGACAAAUGAUUGAUUUACCUAUUCAAAGCAAUUUACGCGAAGGACUCUCUUUAACAGAAUAUAUUAUUUCUUGCUACGGAGCCCGAAAAGGGGUUGUCGAUACUGCUGUACGAACAUCAGAUGCUGGAUAUCUUACGCGUCGACUUGUUGAAGUAGUUCAACACAUUGUUGUACGUAGAACCGAUUGUGGUACCACCCGCGGGAUCUCUGUGAGUCCCCGAAAUGGGAUGAUGUCGGAAAGAAUUUUUAUUCAAACAUUAAUUGGUCGUGUAUUAGCGGAUAGUAUAUAUAUGGGCCUACGAUGCAUUGCCAUUCGAAAUCAAGAUAUUGGGAUUGGGCUUGCCAAUCGAUUCAUAACCUUUCGAACACAAACAAUAUCUAUUCGAACUCCCUUUACUUGUAGGAGUACGUCUUGGAUCUGUCGAUUAUGUUAUGGUCGGAGUCCUACUCAUGGCGAUCUAUUGGAAUUGGGGGAAGCCAUAGGUAUUAUUGCAGGUCAAUCCAUUGGAGAGCCAGGUACUCAACUAACAUUAAGAACAUUUCAUACCGGUGGAGUAUUUACAGGGGGUACUGCAGAACAUGUUCGAGCUCCCUCUAAUGGAAAAAUCAAAUUUAAUGAGGAUCUGGUUCAUCCGAUACGUACACGUCAUGGGCAUCAUGCCUUUCUAUGUUCUAUAGACUUGUAUGUAACUAUUGAGAGUCACGAUAUUCUACAUAACGUGACUAUUCCACCAAAGAGUCUCCUUUUAGUUCAAAACAAUCAAUAUAUAGAAUCAGAACAAGUUAUUGCUGAAAUUCGGGCGGGAACAUACACUUUGAAUUUUAAAGAGAAGGUUCGAAAACAUAUUUAUUCCGAUUCAGAAGGCGAAAUGCACUGGAGUGUUGAUGUAUAUCAUGCGCCCGAAUUUACAUAUAGUAAUGUCCAUCUCUUACCAAAAACAAGCCAUUUAUGGAUAUUAUCAGGAAAUUCGUGCAGAUCCAGUAUAGUUCCUUUUUCACUCCACAAGGAUCAAGAUCAAAUGAGCGUUCAUUCUCUUUCUGUCAAAAGAAGAUAUAUUUCUAGUCCUCCCGUAAAUAAUGAUCAAGAAAAAUCCAAAUUUUUUAGUUCAGAUUUUUCGAGUAAAAAAGAAAGUAGGAUUCCUGAUUAUUCAAAACUUAAUGGAAUCCUAUGUAAUCGUCAUUGUAAUCUCAUAUAUCCUGCUAUUCUGGUAGAGAAUUCUGAUUUAUUGGCAAAGAGACGAAGAAAUAAAUUCAUCAUCCUAUUCCAAUCAAUCCAAGAACAAGAGAAAGGCCUAAUGACUCACUCGGCUAUAUCGAUUGAAAUGGAAAUACCACUAAAUGGUAUUCUCCGUAGAAAUAGCGUUUUUGCUUAUUUUGACGAUCCCCAAUACCGAAGAAAGAGUUCGAGAAUUACUAAAUAUGGGACUAUAGGGGUGCAUUCAAUCGUCAAAAAAGAAGAUUUGAUUGAGUAUCGGGGAGUCAAAUAAUUUAAGCCAAAAUACCAAACGAAAACAGAUCGCUUUUUUUUCAUUCCCGAAGAAGUGUAUAUUUUACCCGAAUCUUCUCCACUAAUGUUACGGAACAAUAGUAUCAUUGGAGUCAAUACACCGAUUGCUUUAAAUACAAGAAGUCGAGUGGGCGGAUUGGUCCGAGUGGAGAGAA